AAAUCUUCAUCUUCUCUCUCUGCUUCUGCUAAUGAUACACUGAGAUUAUGCAUUUCCUUCUCCUCCUUGCUGUUCUUUUACUUCCUCUACUUUUCUUCCUCUCCAAAUUUGUAACCUCCACGAUAUGGGUCCCACUGAGGACGCAACAUCACUUCCGGAAGCAAGGCAUACGGGGGCCUGCCUACCGUCCGAUCUUCGGGAACUCCGCCGAGAUCCGCCGUCUGUUCGCGGAAGCUCUCUCAAAGCGGGGCCCUUUUGACCACGACAAUCUUCACCGCGCGUCCCCAUUUUACCACAGGUGGUCCCGCAUGUACGGGAAGAAUUUCCUCUACUGGUUCGGGCCCAGGGCCAGGCUGGCAAUAUCCGAUCCCGACAUGAUCAAGGAAGUGUUGAUGGAUGCUGGCGGGUCGUUUCGGAAAACACCGUUUACCCCGUUGACUAAAACUUUGUUUGGAGAGGGACUUGUUGGGCUUGAGGGAGAGGAAUGGGCCUUCCAUAGAAGAAUUGUGAACCGGGCCUUCAAAAUGGAUCGGGUCAAGGGUUGGGUGCCAGAUAUUGUGGGGAGUACCAUGAAGAUGUUGGAGAAGUGGGAGAAUGUAAGAGGAGGGAGAGAUGAGUUUGAAAUCGAUGUGCACAAAGAACUUCAUGAGCUCUCAGCAGACGUGAUAUCAAGGACAGCUUUCGGAACCAGCUUUGAGGAGGGAAAGCGUGUUUUCGACUUACAAGAACAACAAAUGCAUCUGUUCUCCAAGGCUGUCAGGAGCAUCUACAUUCCGGGAUUCAGGUUUUUGCCUACCAAGAAUAACCGAGAAAGGUGGAGACUCGACAAGGAAACUCGCGAAUCAAUACGGAUCUUGAUCGCGAAUAACUGCAAAAGAAGUGAAGAUUCGACAAAUCUGCUUAGUCUGUUGAUGUCUCCUUGCAAGAAUCAGGAUGGACAAGAGGUGAAAUUAGAGACAGAGGAAGUUGUAGAUGAGUGCAAGACCUUCUACUUUGCAGGAAAGGAAACGACUGCUAAUCUUCUAAGCUGGGCACUUCUGCUCUUGGCAAAGCAUCAGGAAUGGCAAGACAAAGCUAGGGAAGAAAUAAUUCGCGUGUCGGGGGACAAUAAGCUUCCGGUUGCAGAUAAUUUGAAUGACCUCAAAAUUGUUAGCAUGAUCGUUAACGAAACACUUAGGCUCUACCCUCCGGCGGUUAUGAUUAUGAGGCAAGCAACAAAGAAGGUUAAGCUUGGGAGCCUGGACAUUCCUGCAGACACACAGCUUUAUUUGGCCUUGACCGCCGUCCAUCACGACACCGAGAUAUGGGGAGAAGAUGCUAACGAGUUCAACCCGCUGAGGUUUUCCGAGCCUCGAAGCCAUUUAGCCUCGUACUUUCCAUUUGGUCUGGGUCCUCGAAUCUGUGCAGGCCAAAAUUUGGCUCUUGUUGAAGCAAAACUUGUGUUAGCAAUCGUCAUCCGGCGCUAUUCUUUCAGGGUGUCUCCAACAUAUGUUCAUGCCCCUACGUUGCUCAUAACCUUGCAGCCACAGUAUGGCGCUCAAAUCCUCUUUAGCAGGAUUUCAAAUUGAAGAUUCUAAUUAGGGUUUUAUUUAUCUUAUUGUACAAUGAAGCUUCAGAAAACAGAUUCCUAAAGUCAUAUUGUAACCAUAUGUGAUUGUAUUUUCUACGAAAUUUCCCCUUAUUUUCGGCGACGUUAAGGCUGUAAGUUGAAUUUCACUUGUGACUUUGAUUGUUCUCUUACAUUAAGUUCGAAUUUUCCUUCCA